UAGAGAUGUUUUGGUCGAAGUUAAGUUUUACAUGCGUUUAACAUAAGUCUUUAAACGUAUACAAAAUAAAACCUCGUAAAAACUCUAAAAUGUUAUACUCCCAAUGAAACUUUGAAACAAGGGAUUUCAAUCACACGAUUGCGCACACAGUCACAUAUAUUACUUGUGUAGAAUAUUACCGAAAUAAAGAAAUUAAGAGUGGGAAAUAAACAAAGGAAACUGAAUCGCUUGGGGGAGGGUCACUUUCAACAUCAGUCUGUGGGUGGAAACACUUCCAUUGGCUCUCUUUCCUCUCGCCACACUAUGAACCAAUUGAAUCAUUUGAAGGGUUUGGCCAACGGAGACACACAAUCAGAACACAUGCCCCCUUACGUUGAAAAUUUGCAUAGAGUCCUGUAUAUAUGGACCCCUGAGACUCCAAACUUGUUCAGAUUUAUUUGUUCGAUAACACAAUGCCUGAGCCAGCGAAGUCCGCGCCCAAGAAGGGCUCUAAGAAAGCCGCCACCAAGACCGCCGGGAAGGGAGUAAAGAAGCGCAGAAAGUCCAGGAAGGAGAGUUACGCUAUCUACGUGUAUAAAGUCCUGAAGCAGGUUCAUCCUGACACCGGUAUCUCCUCUAAGGCCAUGGGCAUCAUGAACUCUUUCGUCAACGACAUCUUUGAGCGCAUCGGCGGUGAGGCAUCUCGUCUCGCUCACUACAACAAGCGCUCCACCAUCACUUCCAGAGAGAUCCAGACCGCCAUCCGUCUGCUGUUGCCCGGUGAGCUGGCCAAACACGCCGUGUCUGAGGGAACCAAGGCCGUGACAAAGUACACGAGCUCCAAAUAAAUUCCCGCUUGACGCUCCCAACACCCCAAAGGCUCUUUUAAGAGCCACCCAUACUGUCAGACAAAGAGCUUUCGGUGAUGCUUUCACAAAGGUGGAAUCUGUGUUUGUACUUGAUGUUAAUGUAUUCGUCUUGGACUAAAUAUUUAGGAGUUGAUUCCAGGUUUAUAAUGAAAGUGAAGAUCACUCGUAAGGGUGUUGAUUAGAAUACGCCCGGAUCAGCCCACAUGAACCACACACUGAUGUUUGCGAGUAAAUGUUUGGUUGUUGCCCAACCUUGAACUUAUUAAUGAUGAAACGAACGACUGUGGAUCAGUUUGUGGAAAUCAAAUGAGAAACUGUGCUGUGAAAGAUUGGAUGAAUUAACAUCUUAAGCAGAGUGCUCGUGUUGCUUUAGUCACAGAGGAAACUUGUUGAAUGAACACUUCUUAUUGUCUGCAUGAGUGCACAUUAUAAGCAGAUUCACUGAAGAAAAUAUGAACAAGAACACAAGAUUAAAGUCAACCUGUUGAUUAAUCUGUAGAGGGCAGUCUAGCUCAACGUUUGCUUAAAAAGAACACUCCAGCUGUUUACUCCUGAUUAUCCUUUUACCACUUUCCCUUUCUUUUAAUAUUUUAGUUCUGUGUCUUUUAUGAAAAGAACGAAACGAAAAUAAUAAAUGA